AUGGCGCUGAGCUCGGGCGCCGGCACGAUCCGGCGCCGCUCCCGCAAGGUCUUUCGGGCCGGUCCCCGGGUACUCGAGCAGACGCCACCUCCGUCCGGGCCAGUGCUCUACACCGCGGAACUGGCGCGGAUGAGUCCGCCCGAUCUGCAGCAGGUUGCGGCCGAUCUCGGAGUCGAGUCUCCCGACGCACUUACCCGGCAGGAUCUUCUCUACGGUGUGCUCGGCGCCCACACCAGCCAGGGAGGACGGGUCGUGGCCCAGGGAACCCUGCACCGCCUGGUGGAAGGCUUCGGGUUCCUCCGCUCGCCGAUCAACUCCUAUCUCCCCGGCCCCAACGACGUCUACGUCUCACCCACGCAGAUUCGGCGCUACAACCUCAGAAACGGCGACAUGCUGCUCGGAGAUGUCCGCAGACCGCGGCGCGGGGAACGGUAUUUCGGAUUGCGGGACCUCGACAUGGUGAACGGCGAGCCGGCGGUGGAGAACCCGGAUCGCCCCGAAUUCGAAUCUCUCACGCCACUUCAUCCUGACCGCAUCAUCCGACUCGAGAACGACUCGGAGAAUCUGGCUGCCAGAGUGGUGGAUCUCGUGGCGCCCAUCGGAGCCGGACAGCGCGGACUCAUCGUGGCUCCUCCGCGCGCGGGAAAAACCGUUCUUCUGCAGUCCAUCGCGGCCGGAAUCCAGCGAAACCAUCCGGACAUCGAACUGAUGGUGCUCCUCGUGGACGAGCGGCCGGAGGAAGUCUCGGACAUGGUCAAGAACGUCCAGGGCGAAAUCCUGAGUUCGACCUUUGACGAACGAGGAAUCCGGCACAUCCAGGUCGCCGAAGCGGCGCUCGACCGGGCCAAGCGCAGAGUCGAGUUGGGCAAGGACGUUGUCAUCCUGCUCGACUCGUUGACCCGAUUGGCGCGGGCCUACAACCACACCAAGGCCUCCGCCCAGGGCAGACUGCUUUCCGGGGGCAUGGACGCGACCGCCAUCCAGUACCCGAAGAAGUUCUUCGGCGCCGCCCGGAACAUCGAACACGGAGGUUCCCUCACCAUUCUGGCCACCGCGCUGGUGGACACCGGCAGCCGUAUGGACGACCUCGUGUACGAAGAGUUCAAGGGCACCGGGAACAUGGAGAUCCACCUCGACCAGCGGCUCCUGGAGCAACGCCUUUUCCCCGCAAUCGACUUGCAUCAGAGCGGAACGCGGCGGGAAGAGCUGCUGCUGUCCCCGGGAGAGCUGCAGCGGAUGGUCGUUCUCCGAAGGGUGCUCGCGUCGCUCGACGCGGUGGAGGCGAUGGCGCUCGUGAUCGAGCGAAUGAGACAAACCGCAUCCAACGCGGAUUUCCUGAGGGCGAUGACCGACUCCGGCUGA